AGGUGGUGAAAAUGAGAAUGAAGUUGAUCAAUCAAUCGACCCUAAUCUGCUAUAUUUACCAGUGACCGAUGGUUCCUUAGAACUAUUUAGACAUUUUGCUAAACACAUCAAUCUUGAAGAUAUUGAGAAAGAGCCAGAGCUCAUCAAUUGGAGCCAUGAGCAUACACUAAUCCUUUUUGAUGUGCAAACGGACGAUGAUAUCNUGUUUAGACAUUUUGCUAAACAUAUCAAUCUUGAAGAUAUUGAGAGAGAGCCAGAGCUCAUCGAUUGGAGCCAUGAGCAUACACUAAUCCUUUUUGAUGUGCAAACGGACGAUGAUAUCAAGGAUGAAAUUAUAUUAUGUGAUGGUUGCGUCCAACCUAUAUCAUUUCCGUUUUACUGUUGUGGUGAAUGCAACUAUUUUCUCCAUUUAAGUUGCGUCAACUUAUCACCAGAAUUGCAGCACCCAAUUCACCAUGAACACCCAAUGAAACUUUGUAGGUAUACAGAAUUCUACAAGACCUUCUGGUGCUAUGCUUGCCGCGUAUACACCAAUGGAUUCUUCUACACAUGUGAAACAUGUGAAUUCUUCCUUGAUGUCAAAUGUGCUUUCCUACCUACUUCGAUUGCACAUCAAGCUCACAAGCAUCCAUUGGUUCAAGUGAAAGGUUCAAAACAUCUCUGCAAGGCAUGUGAUAAUACCUUCUCUACAAACGGCUAUGGAUGUGAAGCAUGCAAGUUCAAUCUUGCGCAUAGCUGUGCCCUAUUUCCCAAUACCAUUACGCAUAGAUGGGACAAACAUCCCCUCAUACUAUCCUAUCCUCCAUUCAGUGAACAUCCUGAUGAGUUCCAUUGUGAAAUGUGUGAGAACGAAAUAAACCCCAACUAUUGGAUCUAUCAUUGUAAUAAUUGUGAUCAAUCAUUUCAUCCAAACUGCAUUAUAGACAAAUAUUCAAACGUCAAGUAUGGGGGCACCCUUAAAAUUAACCGUCACCCACACACUCUAAAAUUUGUACGGAAGGCAAGAAAAAGGUCCUCGUAUUAUAGCUGUGGUGCUUCUUCUGAUAGUGAUAAACCCAUAUUUGAAUGUGUAGAGUGCAAUUAUACAUUAUGCUUAAAAUGUAUUACUUCGAAUAUUUAG